AUGUCUGAAUUUGUUCGUGAUGCGAACGAGCUGCUAUCAUGCCCAGCUGAAAAUUUUCGGGAAAACCUCGUACAUCCCGAUGAGCUUCGCGCUCUUUCUAGACGAGAUCAGACUGAUGUGCUCUUUCGCAUACUCAAAGAGAUGAGGAGAGAAAAAUGUGGCUUUUUCAAAAGCUUAUAUGCCGUCUCUGAUGCUCGCUGCCCGGUGAUAAGAUUCUCUGCCUACGACAGACAUUUAGUGGAAUUAUCUGUGAACAACAGUAUAGGCUAUCAGAAAUCGGCAUAUUUGGGAGCGCUGGUGCAAAAUGAUCAGUCUGGACUUCUUCGCAAACUGAUACUUGCUUUGCGCUUUUGGGCAAUGUCCAAUGGUGUGUUCAAAUCGGAAAAGAAGAAGACUUGGAAUCUCAAUUCGUACACAAUAACGUUGAUGUUCGUGACGUUUUUGCAAUCGGAAGGACUUUUACCAGUAUUUACGCAUUCGCAGGCUCCGGAGUAUGCGAGCGAUAAUAGAGUUGACUUUGCAGUUCCCCCUUAUAGUUUAGCUGAAGUGGAUAUGAGAAGCUUAUUCAAGAAAUUCUUCGUCUUUUGCGUGGAAAAUCAACUGGAUAAGUCAGUUUUCUCACUGAGAAAGGGAGCUGCGCUCAAGCAAAAUGCCGAUUCUUUCGCCGUAAUGCUCGGCGUGCUGAAGCCGAGUGAAUCUGCGACUUCACCUGCGCCAAGCACGCCUGCUACAGAGGGUUCAUGUCGCGUUUCUGGAUUCCCAGGAUCAGUAGAUGAUUGUGUAAUGGAGACGUUGAUGCAGAUUAUCUUGGUCAUUAUUUUACGAUGUGAGAAUCCAGCCAUGCCCGCAAAAAGGGCUAGAUUUGAUUGCGUAUGUGCAUAGGU